GAAAAUGCCUCCUAAGCAAGAUAUGCGCAGGAAAUAUACCUAAACCCACCAUUCUUUAUGUUUUUUACAAGCUACGUGUAUCUCCAUUCCAACAUGUUGUUACUACUAGGCUACUUGGACGAAAUUGUAACUUUUUUAAUUGGCAGUUGUUUUGGUCAUUUUGUAGAAGUUGUCGGAUAAAACGAGUACCUUGCAACAUUGGCACAACCUUCAUUGACCUAACGAAGUUUAAAAUUUGAACAAUUUGAUUAAAUAAUGCGACUAUUUUUUAGAGGUUUAAACACCUAAGUGAACUAAAAAUUGCCUAAUUUACUAAAACAUAUCUGGACGUCCAAUAUACAAUGUAUGAUAACCUUGAUAAAAACACACAGUGUGGGCCGAUUUAUUGGCCAGUUUAUAGUUUAAAUGGAUCGUAUUUUAAAAGGAAUCAUGAAAUAUCGCCACAUAGAUAAAGCAAAAAUGGUUCAACAAUUUCUACAAGUCAGAGACAAUCCAACGCCAAAAGCAGUAUUUUUCACAUGCAUCGACAGCAGAAUGAUACCAACUCGGUUCACAGAAAUGAAUGUAGGAGAUAUGUUUGUUGUGCGAAAUGCGGGCAACGUGAUUCCGCACUCCCAACACUUCCUAGACGAAUUAACCACCAAUGAACCGGCGGCUUUGGAAUUGGGCUGCAUAGUUAAUGACAUUAGGCACAUUAUAGUCUGCGGUCACAGCGAUUGCAAAGCGGUAAAUCUGCUGUAUAAACUACAAGAUGGCGAAUUCGCGUCGCUCAAAAAUCGCAGGUUGUCGCCGCUAAGGGCGUGGUUGUGCACGCAUGCGCUGCCAAGUUUGGAGAAAUUUCAACAACUUCAAUUGACGGACUAUCAAAAACCGCUACUGUUCCAGGCGGAAACGCCAAUGAGGCACUUCGUUGCGUAUAUAGAUCCCGACAACGAAUUCGCCUUAGAAGAUAAAUUAUCGCAAAUAAAUACUUUGCAGCAACUACAAAACAUAGCUAGCUACGGUUUCCUCAAAAAACGGCUAGAGACACAUCAAUUACACAUACACGCUCUGUGGUUUGAUAUUUAUACGGGUGAAAUUUACUAUUUCAGCAGGCAGGCAAAACGAUUCGUUAUUAUUGACGAAAAUAAUUUUGAUAAGUUGUUAGGGGAGGUUCAGAGAUAUUAUAUGUAACGACUGCUGCUAUUUUAUACAAUUUUUACCAUAAUUGAUAUGACCUAGAUUGCUUAGAACAUUUAUAUUUUUAUACAGUUUCUUGGCUAUUUUAUACUUUUUUCGCCACUAUAACUUGCCAAAACCACUGUCGAAUUUUUUCAGUAGGUAAAUACAAAAGACCUUCGCAGUCACAGUUCCUAUGAUUUUACUGUAGUGAACAGAAAGAACCACUUGACUUGCUAUUUACACAGUGGGUACUUGUUUGGAUCAAAAACAAUUGCUUAAGCUUUUUGCCAUACAGGGUGUUCUCGUAGAAGCUUUACUAGCUAUUGUAGAAUUAGGUAUUUUUUCUACCAUAUCAAGAUGAAUAGGUAAUUAGCUUUCUAAUAUGCCGAGCAUGUUUACUAUAGUAGUAUUCUGAUUUGCCGUAUACUAUGCGAUCAAAAAAGACUUGCUGUCGAGUCACCUACAUGUUUACAUGGGAAAUCAUAUUUAAAUUGAACUUCCAAGGUAACUCGACGUCAAUCCUUUUUUGAUAGCGCCUGUUACUUUGAAACAUUAAUAAUAAUGCUAUAUAGUGCCAAGUACCACAGUUGUAAUUAAGAACAUUCCUAUAUUUUACUUUCUGUACAAGUAUGUAUUGCAAUUUUAAAUUCUAUAAAACGAAAUGAUACUUA